CUGCCUCCUCGCCCCGCCGCGGCCCCAGCCGCCCCGAGCGCCUCUUGCUGGCAGCCGCUGGCCGGGGCGAUGCCUUGCGCUUCCUGGCCAUGGCGGGAGCGCGCCGCGGCCUCCGCUACAGUCCCCGCCGCUGCCCCGCCCCGCGCCGCGCCGCCCCGCCCCGCCGAGGGGAAGGGGAAGGGCCAUAAAGUCUCGCGGGAGAGCGCGGGAGGCGGUUUGAAAGAUGGCGGAUGAAGUGGACCAGCAACAAACAACAAAUACUGUAGAGGAGCCACUUGAUCUCAUCAGACUAAGUCUGGAUGAGCGGAUCUAUGUGAAAAUGAGGAACGACAGAGAGCUCAGAGGCAGACUACAUGCAUAUGAUCAGCACUUAAAUAUGAUACUGGGUGAUGUGGAAGAAACUGUAACUACCAUAGAGAUUGAUGAAGAAACGUAUGAAGAGAUUUAUAAAUCUACCAAAAGGAAUAUUCCGAUGCUCUUUGUCAGAGGUGAUGGCGUUGUGCUUGUAGCGCCCCCAUUGAGAGUCGGUUGAAGCAGCAAAGGAAUCAAGCUUGUUGGAAAGCUUCAGGUUUUAGGACAAUGGUUUGUGUUUCGAUCAUGUCUCAAAAAUCUGUACCUGUUUUUUUAUUGGAUGUUUUUGUCUGCCCUUUUUGGGAAGGGCGAACCAGUUUAUUUUGCAGAAAGGAUAUGAAGUGAAUUGAAGCAGUAUGAACCCAACAUGAUUUUCUCAGAAUUAAUGUAACUGCUGUAAAUUGGCUGUCCUGUCACAUCAGUAAAAGGAUCCUUCAUUUUUUCUAUCUUUGCAAUAGCAAUGUCUUAUUUUUUUUAAAUAAAUUGAUUUGUCUUUCA